AAAGAAGAUCAGAUGACAACAGAUGAUAGCGAAAUGAAAACAUGCAAAUUCCACGAAUCGCCAGUGAGAAAGCUCUGGUUACAGGUGUACCCACACAAACUGACAGGCAAAACUGGAGGGCGUUUGCAAAUUACAUAUUCUUUUAUUAUUAUUUUAGAUGUUACAAUUAAUUUGUGGAUGAUGUGUGUGCGGAGGGGAUACGUUGGGAUUUGUGUGAAUUGAUCCGUUUCACCUUUGCAUGUACUAGGAAGUGAAUGCUGUGUGUGUCCGGGAAAGGGGAGGGGACUCCGACAAGUCAGGGGCGCUGCUGUGCCUCUUCCCCACUGAGCUGCGGCGGUGCUGCGUUUUAAUCCCAAUAAAACACACGCACACACACAUACACAUUCAGAGCGUGGUUUUAGCUGUAGAUACUGCGUAGCAAAAGCGCGGCGUGGUUUAUUUAUUUUUACUCGUUGAAACGCGUUUGUUGCGGCUCAUCCCGGCCUGAUCUGAUCUGCGCGCGCCGCGCAAUGCGCAGAGGGGGAAGAAAAAAAAGCCUGUAGCGCAGGCUAAUGGCAGUGGGGCUUAUUACUGGCAAGUUUGCUCCGUGAACUUUGCCACAAUUCGGAGCCAUGGCCAGCCCGUCGCCGCCGCGGCUGCUAUUGCUACUAGGGAGGAGAGCAGCCGGGUCGCUCGUCGGCCGGGCUCCCGCUGCACGCGCCACCGACGCGCUUUCCGGAGUUCGCCCGACGGUUCCGAGGCGCUUCAUCAUCGACACGUCCUACUCGGCGCACUUCAUGGAUUUCAAAGGCUCCUCAAUACCGAGCAGCAUGAAGAAGCUGGUCGUCACCAAGCUCAGUCAGGAUUUCAGAGAGGCCGUCAGCGUGCGGACCGUCGCCGUUCCGACGCCCGGAGACGCAGAGCUCCUCGUCCGGAAUCGCUUUGUGGGAAUCAACGCCUCUGAUAUCAACUACUCUGCAGGCCGCUAUGACCCUUCGGUGAAGCCCCCCUUUGACGCCGGCUUUGAGGGAAUCGGCGAGGUCGUAGGCCUUGGCCUCAGCGCCAGCUCCCGUUACACCGUCGGGGACACGGUGGCCUACUUCGGCAGCGGCGCGUUUGCGGAGUACACGGUAGUCCCAGCCAAGGAGAGCAUGCCCGUUCCCUCGGCGAAGCCGGAGUUCCUCACCCUGCUGGUGAGCGGCGCCACAGCCUACAUCGCCCUGAAGCGCCUCGGCGACCUGGCUAAGGGUGAGACCGUCCUGGUCACAGCGGCUGCUGGAGGAACGGGACAGUUCGCCGUGCAGUUCGCCAAACGGGCCGGCUGCCACGUGAUUGGGACGUGUUCGUCUGACGAGAAAGCAGGCUUCCUCAAAUCCAUCGGCUGCGACAAGCCAAUCAACUAUGCCAAGAAAGACCUCGCCAAGACGCUGAGGAAGGAGUACCCGCAGGGCGUAGACGUGGUGUACGAGUCCGUGGGGGGAAGCGUCCUGGAGCUCGCUGUGAACAGCUUGGCCACUAAGGGCAGACUGAUAGUGAUCGGCUUCAUUUCGGGCUACCAGACCGCGUCGGGCAUCCCACCUUUCAAGGGAGGGACGCUGCCAGUCAAGCUGCUCCAGAAGUCGGCCAGCGUCCGGGGGUUCUUCCUACCCCACUUCCUCGGGGACUACAGGGAGGCCCUGACCAGCAUGAUGCAGAUGUUUGCCAAAGGGGAGCUGGUGUGUGAGGUGGAUUGUGGGGAUAUGGCGCAGGAGGGAAGAUUUGUGGGGCUGGAAUCAGUUUUCAGGGCAGUGGACUACAUGUAUGCUGGGAAAAACCUGGGCAAGGUUGUGGUAGAGGUGGCACCUCCAAAUGUUGGAGAUAGCAAGCUGUGAUUUACCUUAUUGAUGCACUAAAAUCAAAUCAAUCUGAAUAACUUUAUGUGGCUUCAAAACUUAGAUUCUAUUUUCGUAAGAUAUUUGAUAAAGCUCAAUAAAGAAUGAUUAAUAAACAAAUAUUAAGCAUUUAAAAAGUUUUUUUUUUCCUGAUUGUAAGAUUUGAACAGUGUUCACUCUAAAUCCCUGUAUAAUUUUGUAUCUCAAGCUUACAGCUGUGUAAAAAGACAACCUCUUUUUUCAUUGAUAUUAAAUCAGACAAAAUGUUACACUGUCAGAUUUACCAAAAUUACAUAGAGAUAUACAUCUGGAUAUUUUGAAGAAACAUUCCUUGUGUGACAUAGCAGAAAAGUCUAAAAAAAAAGAAAACUCAACCAAGAUAAAAGGAAUAGAAGUGUGGACCUCCACAGGAUGUUCUGUCCUUGGGUGAUGAUGUCCAGAUGCCUGAAAGUCCUAUAUUAAUUUAUUGAAACAAUUCUGCACGAGCAUAAUCCACAGGAAUGUCCAGUCAUACCACCAGAAAGGAGAUGGGUCCUGUGCCUCAGAGAUAAACAUAUUUUUAACCCAAAAAAACAAUACCUAAAGACCUUAAGAUGCUGGUUGAACGGUGGUGAGUCCUGUACCAACACAGUGUGAAACUCCAGCUCUGCAAUUGUCCUCAGAGACAAAGACCUUAACUUUACCGACAUACAUAUUUUCACAUUUUGAAGAAAGUGGGAUCUUGCCUGAGAAAGUUGUCCUGGUUGUGGAGUAUACCGGGUGGCAUCUUGUGUGGGGGUUUUGCAACAGGAGGGACUGGUGCACUUCAUAAAUUAGAUUACAUCAUUUGGAAAUAAUUUUAUAUGGGUCAAAUGGGACCCAUUUGAAAUGGGUCUUUCAAAUGGAAAAGGACCCCAACUAUACAUCUAAACAAUCUAAAAAAAAAAGGAAAAAAAAAACCAUCUCAAGAACAACCAGGUCAAUAUUUUUUGAAUGCCAGCGAGGCGGCCUACUAACCGGACUUCGCUCACUGGUUCUGUCAAGAGAAAUUGGUCAAAACGAUUGCAAGAAGAUUGUGGAAGGAAAUCCAAAAUAUUUAACUGAAGUCAUACAGUCUUAAAGGCAAAUACUAAAGAAAUAAAAGCUGAAUUUGAGAAAAUUUAAAUUAAACAUUCUUGCAUUUAGCCAACAGAAAUAAUUUUGCUAAUCCCAGGUGAACUAAAACUUGAAAAGUUGAGUCAAGAGUUCAAGUCAGGCAGUGAGAAUUGUCUUUUUCUGCACUGUAUCCAGUUUCACCUGUAACUUUUUGAAACAAGGUCCUGAAACAAAAACCCUCACGUUCAACCUCUCGAAAUAUUUUCAUGUUUUCUGUUAUUGUGCCUCACCUUCCUACUGCUCCACGUCACCCACCCUCCCCCACAGUCCUACCUCUGGAAUUAUUUUAUACCUGCUCCCAUAAUGCGCUUGCUUUUAGCACUCCCAACUACUUUAUCUGCCAUAAAUAUUUUAUGAUGGACUUCACAGUUUUUGUAAUGGUGGGAGAGUCUAGUUAGCGUUAGUGCGAGCUUGUCAAAAGCAAGUGCCGCUCCAGGUGCGCUCGGCAUUUCAUUGCCAUGUUUGUGGCUGACAGAAACGGCGUUCACACAAUCAAUCUUUUCAUUCACAUGCCCCCGAAGCCGUUCGUAAUAACAGCAAAAAAAA